AUGUAGUUCCUCAUCUGUUUGGCUCUGUUCGUCGCUGUGGCUCAGGCUCAUGUUGUGGCCCCCGUUGCCACCUAUGCCGCUGCUCCUGCCCUGACCUAUGCCGCUCCCUCAGUCUACUCGGCAGCGAUUCCUCGUGCCUACACCGCAUAUGCUGCAGCUCCAUCCGUUUACUCCGCCUCUUACGUUGCGCCUUCGGUGUACUCCUCGUAUGCCGCUCCAAUUACCACCUAUGCCGCUGCUCCCGCCGUUGUCUCCACGCUGCUGAAGAAGUAAAUCGAUCAAUCCGAAUCCGAAUCCACAUCCGAGUCCAAAAACAUGAUAUGCAAAUUGAAAUAUGUCAGAAUAAAUUGAGCUGAAAUUAAGA